GUCUUCUCUAGUUUGGGUAAUGGCCUGGUGGGGGCAGGGGCUUGAUGUAGAGAAAAGAAAAGAGACUUUUCUGUUGCCCUUGGAAACUGGGACGCGCCUGCUGGAGCCAACAGUUGAAGAAAAUCUCUAUGCCAAGAAGGGUAUGAGUGUUAGGAGACCGAGUUGUGCACUAAAAGAGUCUACGUCUGUUUGAGAACAGAAACCUUGGGCAGAUCUUUCUAGAGCCACGGCCUGAGAUUUAAGCUGAUCCGGCUGCUGAGAUGGCACAAGUGGGAGGCUGAUGACAGGCGAAUUGUUUGAUGUCUUUUUGUCUGAAGAAUCUCCAGCUGCUCUGAUGAUGGCUUAAGAAGACUGCAUGCUGUUUGCUCUCGAUGCCAAGCCAGGCUCGCUCAAAACCUCAGAUCUCAGUCCUUCAUGGAGACCAGGUCCCAGCAGGAAUGGCAGUGCAAGAAAUUGGCACCCAGAUGGUUCCUCCAUGUGAAGUUGUCUCGGGCUAUGGGCUGCCGCGAGAACACCUGUUAACUGGGCUAGCCCUCUGUCAGUCACCCAGGGCAGGGCAGCAUGGUGCGGAUUCAGAGGAGGAAGGUUUUGGCAUCUUGCCUGUGCAUGACAGCUACUGUCUUUCUGCUCGUCACACUCCAGGUCGUGGUUGAGCUAGGAAAAUUUGAAAGGAAGACGUUUAAAAAUUCCAAUUUGCAAGAUGGACAUAAAAAAUUGGAGGAAGAGCCUGAACAUCUCAAUCCAUUCCUUCAGAAAGACGCACUGUCCUUGAUUAGGAAGAGACAACUGGAAAUCGACAGCUACCCCAUCAUGCUCUGGUGGUCCCCACUGACUGGGGAAACUGGACGGCUGGGCCAGUGUGGAGCAGAUGCCUGUUUCUUCACCAUCAACCGGACUUACUGGCACCAUCCCAUGACCAAAGCGUUCCUCUUCUAUGGUACUGACUUUAACAUAGAGAGCUUACCUCUGCCUCGGAAAGCCCAUCAUGAAUGGGCCCUUUUUCAUGAAGAGUCCCCAAAAAACAAUUAUAAGCUCUUUCAUAAACCAGUUAUCACCUUGUUCAAUUACACUGCCACCUUCAGCCGGCAUUCCCACUUGCCACUGACUACCCAAUACCUGGAGGGUGUGGAAGUCCUGAAGUCACUCCGAUACUUGGUUCCUUUGCAGUCCAAAAACAACCUAAGGAAACGACUUGCUCCACUGGUGUACGUACAGUCAGACUGUGACCCACCAUCAGACAGGGACAGCUAUGUUCGUGAGCUGAUGACCUACAUUGAGGUUGAUUCCUAUGGUGAGUGUUUACGAAACAAAGAUCUCCCUCAGCAGCUGAAAAAUCCAGCCUCCAUGGAUGCCGAUGGCUUUUAUAGGAUUAUUGCACAGUAUAAGUUUAUCCUUGCUUUUGAGAAUGCAGUUUGUGAUGACUACAUCACCGAGAAGUUCUGGAGACCACUGAAACUGGGGGUUGUCCCUGUCUAUUACGGAUCCCCCAGCAUUGCAGACUGGCUUCCAAGUAACAGAAGUGCUAUUCUUGUAUCAGAAUUUUCUCACCCCAGAGAACUGGCGAGUUACAUCAGACAACUGGAUUACGAUGACAGAUUGUAUGAGGCCUAUGUAGAAUGGAAGCUGAAGGGUGAGAUCUCUAAUCAGCGGCUUCUGGCCACUCUCAGGGAAAGGAAGUGGGGAGUGCAAGACAUCAAUCAGGACAAUUACAUCGAUGCAUUUGAGUGUAUGGUGUGCAGCAAAGUGUGGGAUAACAUUAGGCUACAGGAAAAGGGUUUACCCCCCAAAAAAUGGAAGGCUGAAGUUACACACCUGAGUUGCCCGGAACCUACCACGUUUGCUUUCUCAUCUCCAGUUACUCUGGCUCCGCGUAGGAACUCCCUGCGAGAGAUGUGGAUGCCAAGCUUCCAGCAGUCCAAGAAAGAAGCCCAGGCACUGAGGUGGCUGGUGGAUAGGAAUCAAAAUUUUUCAACUCAAGAGUUUUGGGCUCUAGUGUUUAAGGAGUAAUUUCCAAAAGUAUUAGAAUAACAUAGACUAAAGCCUUUAUGAGGUUUAUUUUCUAGGUUGCCUUAAUGUCUGACUAUAAUAGCUAUUCUGUUGACUAUCCUUUAGGAUAAACAUUAAUUGCUACAGUUCUCAUAAUGAGCCCUAUCAAGUAACAGAUAUGAAUUAUUACCCUUAGGGGUUUGCUUCUGUAUUUUUUAUAGUGAAAAAGUAAAUAUUUUUUUAUGGACAUUGAUCAUCUUUAGUUUACAUGUUUGGACCCACAUACUUGCUGCUUUUUGUAAAAAUUCACCUAAAUAGAGUGUUUUCCUUGCUGCAGUGGGGCCACAGUAUCUAGCUGGGACUUUUGAUAGUCACUCCUCCAUGUAUAUCUUAAACGAUCAGCAACUUACUGGCUUUUGGCAAGCCAAAUAUUUCUAUGCUGAGCAUGAACAUGAAAUGCAUUAGAAUUUGGCAAUAAAAGAUUCCAUCUGUUUGUUUCCAGGCAUGCAAGGGAGUAGAAAAAACUGUGUCAAACUAAUGCACUAUCUGCUUUUUAUGUCAAAAGAUUAUAUAUAUAUAUAUAUAUAUAUAUAUAUAUAUAUAUAUAAAAUAUUCUUAUACAAUUGUCUGUGUGCAUACCAUCAUGACACACCUUUAUUUAUAUGGCUCCAUUCUCUGUGCUGUCAGCUGCCUCUCUGACCUUUCUUAUGUUCACCUUGCCCCAGGCUGCCUCCUGUCUUCCCUCCCAAGUGGAAUGUCUCAUAAAGGAGUAAUUUCUUCCUGUGUAUUUUGAUCAGGGAGAUUAACCAGUUGUUCCUUGUACUUCUGAGCAGAAUAAUAAGAUUUGUCUGGUUUGCCUGGACAGCCUAUAUGUUUUGAUCAACGUGAGAGUAGAACUGAAUGCCCCAGGCACUCCAGUUGUGUUGAAGCUGAUUUGUCUUUAGGAUGAUAUACAACCUGUCAUGGUGGGCAGCCACAGGCGUUCAGUUCAUGAGCAUUUCCUGGUUUCCUAUCCUGUUAAGGGUCAGCUGUCUUAUCUGGGGUGUCUCCUGUAGUUCCAUGAGAGACAAGGAGAACAACACUGACUUUUAUUCCGUGAGUUGGUGGCCAGUGCCCUUGAUGUGCCCAGCAGUGAGCUGUGUCAUUCUUAUACAGUGUUCUCUCUGCUUGUGGCACCAGCAGGUGAAGGUCACUUUGCUGGGUGGGAGAAGGUGUCUAUGACUAAUUUCUUCCCAGACCCAAGUCUGCCAUAAUUAAAUGUGAUCUUGUACAAAUCUGUUAACUUACGUGAGCUUCCGGGGUGUUUUUUGUUGUUGUUGUUGUUUGUUUUUGGUACUGGAGAUUACAUUCAGUACCAGGGGCUCUUUACCACUGAACUCUAUCCCUAGUACUUUUUAUUAUUAUUAUAUUUUUAGUUUUGAGUCAGGGUCUCACUAAGUUGUUUAGGGUCUCAUUAAGUUGCCUUGAACUUGAAAUCCUUUUGUCUUAACCCCUGAACUGCUGUUUUUUUUUUUUAAUUUUUUUUUUAAUGAUGCUGGAGAUGGCCUUGUAUCUGCUAGGUAAGCACUUUACCACUGAGCUAUACCCCCAGCAUAGUAGGGCCUUAGUUUUGCAUCUACAAAGAAGUGAUGGGGUUAUUCUUUGAAAUUUUUUUUUUAUGUAAUAUUCUUUAAUUUACUAAAAUUUAAGAAGUUUAAUUUAGUAAGUGCUUUUACUAAGUCAGUAGGUCAGAGUGACUGUCAAAGGAAGUGUGCCCUUUUUUGCAGGAAGGAGCAUACUUCUUGGGUGGUAUUGGGAAUAGGGGAGCUUUAUUUCUCUUUUUAUCUGAUGAUAUCAAAGUAGUAUACAUUGGAAAGGAAGAAUUUGUUAAAAGAUCAGGUUUUAAAUUAUAUACUGAGUGAAGUAAUGUUCUUUUUGAAAGAGAAGACUGAGAAUUGACUUAUGCCUCCGGCAAGAUAUUAUGAUAGCUUGUGUUCUCUCCACAAAUGCCUUAACAAAUAUCCAGUGCUUAUAUCUAGCAUGUCUGAAACCUCAGUAAUCCAUGUACUCUUGUCGUAUCCUAGUUCUUUAUGAAGAGUUCCUAGGUGAAAUCCUCCCUAAAGUUUUCUGAAUUAUGUAUCCCCAAACAAAUUUAGUGAAAUGAAAUUGUGCAAUGCAGUCUAAAGAUUUUGUUGGGGAAGAGGAUGGUGAAGAGAGAAAUCCACAGGCUUGAAAAGAGGAUGUAUUUCAAAGAAAAUAACUCAGGGGUUCUUUGAGAUUCUUUGAGUCCCUACCCACAGAUUUGAGACUUUAUUUUUUUGCUUAGCAUGUGCUGCUUCAACAGGAUUUUCAUUCAUGAGACAACACUGUCUUAUCUGAUAAUCACUGUUAGGGAGUGAAAAGUGGUCCCCAUGGUAACAGGAUUCUUAUCUUACACAAUUCUUAUACAAUUGUCUGUGUGCAUUCCAUCAUGCCACACCUUUAUCUUCACCUUACUGUCUUCAUUUGUGAAACAUGAUUAAGAAAGGGGUCUGACUUAUAGCACUGUUGUGAGGAAUGCCUCAUGGCUCUGAAAACUUUGUUCAAUACAGCAUUCUGUUUAGUGUUUCAUUAUAUUUCACUUGGAUUGUUCUCAAAGACAAAUUUUCAAAGUGAUAUGACAAGGUGGACAGAAACCUUUCCAGAAAUGUUGGGGAAUACAGACGUAACCUAGUGUGACAGUGAUCCCUAACACUAGUUAAUAGCCUCCUGGUCUCCACCUGAAAAUGGAGGCAACUCUGACCUUCAAUCAUGUACAGAUAUUUCAGACCCCAAAGGCUGUGACUGGCUUAUUUGUUGCUAUUAAGGACUAGUUUAUAGUAACUAGAAAGACUAAUUUAUAGUAUCUAGAAUAUUAGUUGGGGUCAUUAGCAUUAUGGUAAUAGAUUGAACACAUAAGUAUGCUAUGCACGCUUCAGAAAUAAAAGACACAAGAAAAAAAUGAGUAUCAUUUUUUCAGUCACACACUGAAUGUUACAUAUAGGAGAGCCAGCUCAGAAUCCAGAGAACACUGUGUGAAUCCAAGUACAAUACAAACCUGAACUUGAAAUGCCUGAGGUAAUAUUAUACAUUUAAAAAAAGCCAUUGGUGGAACAUAAUUCCUGCUAAAGAUGGCAGUUCAUUAGCAUAAUUUAUUUAUUUUAGUCUGUCUAGGCUGCUCUAAUAGAACACCAUGAACUGGGGUGCUUAUAAACUUUUUUCUUAUAGUUCUGGAGGCUGAGAAGCCUGAGAUCAAGGUGCCAGCACAUUUGGUGUCUGGUGAAGGUACUCUUUCUCUUUCACAUAUGGCCGCCAUCUUGCUUUGACCUUUCACAUGAUUGAAGGUGUGUGGGAGCUCUCUGGCUCUCUGUCUUAUAAAGGCAUUAGUCCCAUUCAUGGUGGCUCCACCCUUGAAAGCCUUCACCUCCUAAAAUCAUUACCUUAGAGGUUAAGAUUUCAACUAUGGAUUUGGGAGAAACACAGACAUUCAAUUUAUAGCAUUUUGCCCCUAAGCCCCCCAAAUUAUCCUUCUCUCAUAUAAAACAUAUUCAUAUAUCCAAAUAGCCUUAAAAGUCUUAAUGUAUUUCAGCAUCAACUCAAAUGUCUUCAGAUCCAAAGUCUCAUCUAAAUAUCAUCUAAAUCAAAGGAGUGAAACUAAGAUAAAUGAACAAUGUUGGUAACCAUAGACGAAGAUAUAUUUUUAUCCUGAAAUGAAUUGCUCUUUUGCUGUGAAGCCAAAUAAAUUCUGUGCAUCCAAAAUAUAAGGGUGAGGAUGGACAUUACCAUUUCAAAGGGGAGAGAUGGAGGAAACAAUGUCCCAGGUAAGUCCAAAAUCUAAUGGGGAAAUUCCAUUAGACAUUAAGGCUUGAAAAUAAAACUUUUUGACUCUCAGAGUUCUUCCCUCCAGGACCACUGGGGUGGAAACGUCACCCUCAGUGCUUUGAGACAGCCCCACAGCAGCUUUCUAUAGCAGUCCUUCCCCCACUGCUGCAGUUUUCCCAGGACAGAGCUGUGCUAUACAGUCUUGGCUCCAUGUACCUCUGUCCUUUAAAACUCAGGUGGAGGUAGCUUUUCUAUGCUCCCCCACAUCCUCUGCACUCUGUGGGUCAGUUCGGACUGUACUGUAUGGAUUCCAUAAAAGAUAGCUUAUCUGGGUGGCCCAUACCUAUAAUCCCAGCGACUCAGGAGGCUGAGACAGGAGGAUCACCAGUUUGGGACCAGCCUUGACAACUUAGUGAGACCCUAUGUCUCAAAAAACAAACAAAACCUGGGGGUGUAGCUCAAUGGUAAGGAGCCCCUGGGGUUUGAAAAGGAAAGAGAGAGAGAGAGAGAGAUUGAUUGCUGCCUGCUCCCUCUGGAGGUGUGCUGCUACUAUGGACUACAGGGCUCCAAGGCCACUGGAGCUGCAUCUGGGUGGCUGAGGAAUGGUGCCAGAGUGCAACAGCGAAGGCUGUGAGGUGAGAUGGUGCUGAGCAGCACAGGCCCCAGGCCCUCAGGUGCCGUGGUGGUCGCUUUGAAACUGCUCUGCUCCUCUCACUCUCGCUUGUGCCUUAAGUCAUUGUUAGGAGUAGCAGCUCUAUCAUUCUUCCAUUGUUUUGGAAAAUAGGUCCUGGCUUCUGUUGAGAUAUCUGAUCCAAACUAAUCUCCUUAUAAAGUGGUCAUUGGACACACCCUUCGUGUUCUUAUUUUUAUUUAUUUAUUUUUUGAUAUAGGAUAGACUGAGAACUUCCUCAAUCUUUAAGUUGCUCCUUUUGCUGAACAAUUCUGUCUUUAAGUCACGUCUUUGUUUUCACGUUUCAUUGCAAGCACUCAGAGGAGCCCUGUUAUACCUCUAACAUUUUGCUUAGAGAUAACUUCAGCUAGGAUCUAAUUUCAUCAUUCACAAGUUCUCCCUUCCAUAAAACUCUGGAACACAAACAUGACUUAGCUAAGUCCUUUGUCACUUCAUAACAAGGAUCACUUUUUUUCCACUUUCCAGUAAUAUAUUCCUCAUUGUCACACGAGGCUUUAUCAGAAUGGCUUUAUCGCCCAUAUUCCAAACAACUUUCUGUUCAGGAUUAUUGAGGUGUUCUCUAAGAAAACUAAAGCUCUUUCUAUGGUUGUUCUUUCUUUCUGGACCCUCACCAGAAUCACUUCCACCAUUCAUGGGAAUGCAGGCUUUUUUUUCAGCAUGUGCCUCAGAAUUCUUCCAGCCUCUACACUAGACCUAGUUCCAAAAUCACUUCACGUUUUUAGGUACAAUAGCACCCCUUCUCCUGAUAUCCAUUUCUGUCUUUGUCCCUCUGGGUUGCUGUAAUAGAAUACCAUACACUUGGUGACUUACAAACACCAAAAAUUUAUUUCUCUCAAUUCUGGAUGCUGGGAAGUAUAACAAGAUCAAAGUAGUGGUAGAUUUGGAGUCUGAUAAGAGGCCACCAUAUAGUUCAUAGAUGGCUGUUUUCUUGCUUUGUCCUCACAUGGCCGAAUGAGUGAGUGAGCUCUCAGGUCUCUUACAAGGCCACUGAUCUCAUCGAUGAGGGCUUCACUUCAUGAUCUACUUACCUCCCACGGGCCUCACUUGCUAAUGCUGUCACAUCGUGAUUAGAAUUUCAACAUAGUAGUUUUAGGGGGACACAAAAGUUCAGUCUGUAGCAUCAGUGUAGAGUUAAUUUUUAGUGAACAAUGUUGAUUACCCUAAAGCAAGAUAGGUACACUCUGCAUGUCAUACAUCUUUCUUUCUUUUUUUUUUUUUUGGGUGGGGGUACUGGGAAUUGAACUCAGAGCCACUUGGCCAGUGAGCCUCAUCCCCAACCCUGUUUUGUAUUUUAUUUAGAGACAGGGUCUCACUGAGCUGCUAAGCACCUUGCCAUAGCUGAGGUAGGCUUUGAAUUCUCGAUUCUCCUUUCUCAGCUUCCUGAGCCACCUGGAUUACAGGCCGCUUGGAUUACACCCAACUCAGCUCAUGUAUCUUUCUUAAAAGCUUCAAAGUAUAUAGUUUGAAAGUUCACAGACCAAGAAUAGUGCUAAUUAUGUUUUGAUUAACUUUUUAAUCUUGAAUAUUUUAUUAAAAACUUCUCAUCCUUCCUUAGGAAAUUUAAAAAUUUUUCUUUUCAGUACCUAUAAUAUUGUCCCUUCAUAAUUCUAUUAUCAAUGUAGAUGUUGAGUUCUUCUGAUUACAGAAAGUUAAAAAUGCUUGAAAAACUCAAAAUAGAAUUAUAAACUAUGACUUUGGGGUAAGAAAGACCUAUUCUUAGUUGCCACUCUGUAUUGUAUUGUCUGUUAUUUUGAUCAAGUUAUUUGGCUUUUCUAAGCUUCACUUUGCUCUUCUUUAAAUGAGUUUCUAGCAUCUACAAUGACAUCCAGCCUCCCUCUAAGGUCAUUGUGAGGAUUAAAUAAGCUCAUGUUCAAACAUAGCUAAACAAAUGCUGGCUGUAUUGGUUAUAGCUAUCUGUAGCCAUGACUUUUUUUCCCUUAAUUUUUAUUUUCUCUUCUUCAAACAACCUUUUGUUUUUGAAGAUUUCUACUGAGAUUUGUCCAGAAAAAUGGUAUAAUUAGUGAUACUACCAGGGGUGAUACUUUUUUGUUCUUUAUUUUGUUAUUUGAUACAUAUUUAUUGAGUGUUAUGAAAUAGGCAUUCUGCUAGACACCAUAGUUGAUGUGAAUAAGAUGUAGGAAAGAUGUGCAGGGCUCUGGGUAGGGUUUUGUGAUCUUAUGAUGGUAUUAAAACUAGGGACUGAAGAAUGCCCAGGUUAUUCUUUGACUCUCUCCCUCCUCCAUUGGAUCUUUGAUGGAGUUUUAUACACAUCUCCCAACAAGUAAUGACACUAAAACAGCCUCCUUAUAUUAGUUGUGUAAAUCUGAGCAAUCCCUUUGCAGAACUCUCUGGUAAAAGCUUGAUUUAGACCGGAAGCCUAAAUAGACUCUUUUGUGAUCUUUCCAUUUCUCAAUCUGAGUCUUGGGACCAGCCAGUUCAUUAUGCUAGUACUAAGAAAAAGGAGAGAAAAAUGACCAGGUCUGUAGGUCUUGACCCAGUUCACUCAUUAAUGGAAAAUCAAAGGUGGAAAGAAGAGAAACCUUAUUUGGCCUUCUAAGGGGAGAUGGACCCUCUUUUGCUCUCCAUAAGGGAUGGAUAUGAGACUCUGGAGUACAAUGCGUAGAGCCUUACUUUUAAUUUGUAGGGACCUCCCUGAUUCUAAAAUGUGGCCCUCCUAAUUUCCUAGACCCAGUGGUGUUGGUGGUAGGGUUUGUUAAGAAGAUUGGCAAGGGGCAGAGGUGUAGGGAGGGGCAGAGUGACUCCAGGACUUUUGUCCUCUAAACUCAUUGCUCAUUGGGUGUAACAGUCAGACCUCUGGUCAGUCAGAGGUGUAGCUGUAUCCCACAGGGUAUCUGGCCAUUUGUGAGAACUGAGACCUCCUGUUGUCUUCCUGAGAGUUCUUUCUGACAUCUAUCCUUGCCCCUUUGUAUUCCCCUGGGAUAGUGACAUAUGCAGUUUAGUUAUUACCUCUGAACCUUUUGAACUGAGCGGAACUAGACAUUGAUCCGUGCUUCCAAGGACAUUUUGAGCAUUAGGCCAAAAAUUUAUUCUUUAUAUUAUUUACCAUGCACAAUGUGACCGUCAUCAAACCUGGCUCACCAGAGGUUAUACAACCAGCCCAAAUAGGCCAUUAUGAAUAUUCAAAAUUUUACUAUCAGGAACUUAAUAAUUUUUAAAAAACACUGAUUAUGAAGAUAAGGAAAUUUAAAGACUGUGUAGAUAGGGACUGGUAGUAAUGAUUUUGAUGCAGGGGCAUUAAUUAUCCCAGGAGUCCUUGGAAUGAAUCUAACAUUCUCUAUUUAGAGGAAACUCAUUUCAUGAGUCUAUCCCAGGGGGGAGAAAAUGCCAGUUUUAUGUAAGAACAUCCUUGAAGAAACAAUAAAAAUAAUUUUAUUAAAUCCCAA